AUUGACGGUGGGCGAUACGUCACUUCCUGAUAGUAGCUUGCUUGGAAGGAGAAGGCAGGGAGUGCUGUGUGAAAGUCGGCCGCUUCUCGCGGAAGUGGCUUGUUUACGCCUAGGGAGAUUCUGGGCUUAAGCUUGUUUUUACAUACUGGUGCGGACAAUGCACACUCUCAGAGGCACCCUCUUUCUGGCUUCUUCGACAUGAUGCUGAGCCGAGGAUGUGCCACUGGCAACGGAAUUACAAGAACAACGAGCUAGGAGUUGAAAGCUACUGAGUGUGGAAAGCUAUUGAACAGAUGCCUCAUUGUGAAGAUGAACCCCAAUACACCUUUUAGUGGACAGCAACCUGGUGCUUUCCAGGUACCAUCUGGCACUUCGGCUGGAAUAUUUCCAGUUCAGCCACCAUUCCCGUUCAGUCAGCUCUCUCUCUUUGGGCAGAACAAUGGAGCAUUGUUAAACAAUCCGGGAUUUACACAUCUAUCUGACUUCACCAUAACCUCAGGACUGCGUGGUUCUUCAGGGCAAGGUAUAGGAUUUGGGCAGCCCCCAGAAUUUACUCAGCCUUGUUCUCUUGGCCAUACAACUUCCUUUGUGACUUCUGCACCAACUAGCUCUUCCAUUGCCAACAAGCAAGGAUUCAGUUUUAAACCACCUACAAAUCUUGGCACUUCUCAGAGUACAUCUAGCUUUGGAGCUACAUCUGGAGAAGCUUCAGGCAGUGGUUUUGUGAGACCAGAUUUCAGCUUCAAAUCCCCUGAGGAUGCUGUGUUCAAGCCAAUCUUUGGUUCAGAGCAAGAGAAGAUGGGAAAUCAGAUAACCCCAACUCCAUUCACAUUUUCCUUUCCCGGUGGUAGUGGACUUGAACGAGUAGCCCCCUUUGGCAUUCCUCGAGAGAGCAGCACUUCAGGUGCAAGUUCAAGCUUCAGCUUUACAAAACCAGUAAGCAGUAAUACUUUAGCAUCUUCAUUCACUGGUACUUUACCAAACAAGAUCACUGAGGAUGAUAAAAAAAGACCAGUAGUUCUCUUUGCAAGCCCUAGUAGUAGUUUUACCUCUUUUUCUAACUCAUCUAUUGGAUCUUUGGGAGACACUUUCCAAUCUAAUAAAACAAGCAAGCCAGAACAUGAAGAAUUGCUACCUUUGAGUGAGCCACUUCCCAUCCUUGCAAAGGGAAUAAAGAGGAAAGAAGAAGAAGAGCAUUCUUCAAGACGACAUGAUUAUGAUGCUGUGGAAGAGCCAGAGCUGCUGGCAAGGAGUGAGCAUUCUUCUACUAAGCGGCCAGUCAGGCUGAAUCGGCCUCGUGUAGGUGGCCUGUUUGACAGAGUAUUUCAAGAGGUAAUGAAAAGCAAUAAGAAGGAGUCCAAAAUGGAACGAGUGUCCCUAGAAUCUGGAGAAAUGGAACAGACAAAUGUGGCAGGGGGAACUCAUUCUGGUUUUGCAACAGGUAGGCCAGGAGGAACAAUGAAAAAGGAAGAAAAUAAAGCAAAAUUGAAGGAAGAUUCUACCAUCUUGAGUCCCUUGCGCCGAAGUCGGAAUAGUGGGAGCACAGAGAGCCUUGGUGGGUUGUCAUCAAGUGAACUCACAGCCAUUCAGUACAAAAAUAUUCCUGACCAUCUAAAUAAGAGAAAUGUUCUUGAGAAUCACUUCAAGAAGUUUAUUAAAUUCCAGCGGAUCCGUACCAACCCGAACAAAAAGCUGGCUGUUAUACAGUGUUUUGAUCAUGCAUCUGCAGCUUUGGCUAAAAAGAAAGCAAAAGAGUUGCAUAAAGAAAUAGUAGCAUUGUGGCAUAAGAAGAAACCAAGUCCUAAUAAGAAAGACUAUUCAUCUAAGGAGCACAAGGCAGAUGAAAAUGAAGGGAGACAAAGCAAUGACCAACUGAGUCAUCAGCAUUCUUCACAUAGUAAAUCCUUAAUACGUUCCACUGGUAGUGGAAACCUGUCAACCAAAAGUUCCCCAGCUAAGAAAGCUGGCCUUAAGAAGUCUCUGCAGUUCGAAGCAUAUCCCUUUGAUUCUGGAUCUGAAGGUCAUGGCUCUGAGAGUUUAGAAGCAUCCGUAUCUUCUUUCAGCAACCUAGUAGGCACAGUGGCAGAGACCUCUGAGGACAAAUACCGCCUUCUAGACCAAAGAGAUAAAAUCAUGCGACAAGCUCGUGUAAAACAAAUAGACCUUGGCAAAGCUAAAACCUUUGUUGGCACAUGCCCAGAUAUGUGUCCAGAGAAAGAGCGUUAUAUGAGAGAGACAAGGAACCAGCUUAGUGUCUUUGAAGUGAUCCCAGGAACUGACAAGGUUGACCAUGCAGCAGCAAUAAAGGAGUACAGCAGGUCUUCAGCGGAUCAGGAGGAGCCUUUACCACAUGAACUGAGGCCUUCUGAGGUGUUGAGUAUGACCAUGGACUACUUAGUAACGCAAAUCAUGGACAAAGGAGAAGGGAACUACCGGGAGUGGUACGAUUUUGUAUGGAAUAGAACUCGUGGAAUAAGAAAGGAUAUAACCCAGCAACAUCUCUGCUGUCCUUUGACUGUUUCCUUGAUUGAGAAAUGUACCCGUUUUCAUAUCCACUGCUCCCACCAUUUAUGCGAAGAGCCUAUGUCGUCUUUUGAUGCAAAGAUCAACAAUGAGAACAUGACUAAAUGUCUCCAGAGCCUGAAGGAAAUGUAUCAGGACCUUACAAACAAGGGUAUUUACUGCAAGAGUGAAGCAGAAUUCAGGGGAUAUAAUGUCCUCCUGAACCUCAACAAGGGAGAUAUUCUCAGAGAAGUGCAACAGUAUCGCCCAGCUGUCCGAAACUCCACUGAAGUUAGAUUUGCAGUUCAAGCCUUUGCUGCAUUAAACAGCAAUAACUUUGUCAGGUUUUUCAAACUUGUGCAGACAGCAUCGUACCUGAAUGCAUGCUUGUUACAUUGCUAUUUCAGUCAGAUUCGUAGAGAUGCUUUAAAGUCACUCAAUAUUGCUUAUACUGUGAACGCUCAGAGGUCGACCAUCUUUCCACUGCAUAAUGUGGUCCGCAUGCUGCUGUUUAAGAACUUUGAAGACGCAACUGAUUUCAUAAGCUAUUAUGGCUUAAGUGUGUCUGAUGGUUUUGUGGAGCUGAAUCGGUCUGCUUUUUUGGAACCGGAAAGCUUGCCGAAGCCAAAGAAAUCAUUGUUUGUUGGGCAGAAGCUAACUGUUUCUAUUGGGGAAAUUGUCAAUGGAGGAUCUCUACCGCCUGUGAUUCGCCAUGUACCUCUGUAUAGUUUUAAUGCACAGAACAAGUACACAGGAGAGAAUGCUGCAGUGGACUCAGCCAGCAAUAGUCAGAAAGUCAGUGUUGAUCUGACAGAGACAAGAGCAGAAGGGAGUAGCGUAGACUCCGAAGUACUUCAAGCUCAGCCUUCGUCGUUACUGUUACCACUCCUACCAGCACCGUUGCCUUCCACCGCAGGGUCAAUCUUUCAGCCUAUUGCACAGCCUCCCCCUCCCAGACUUCAGCCUGUUUACAGUGAUACCGACAUUGCAGAAGUGGUUGAAGACCUUGUGUGUGAUGUGCUAGAAGGUGAAUGCAGAGAAAUUGGUGCUACAGGAGCAGCCUAUGUACAGUCAGCUCUAGGGAUCUCUGACGUUACCACAGAAGAAAUCAUGACAGAAGUGAUGCUGGGAAUUUUGAGGCAAAUUGCAUCAUUUAUAAUCAAUGCAGAAAAAGAGAGGCUUGAAGAGGAAAAACGCCGGGCUGAAGAUGAGCGGCGGAGACAGGAAAAGGAACAGUUAGUAAAAAUGUUGAGCGAGUCACUGGGUACAACGUUGACAGAAGAAGUGGUAAAGGAAAUGAUGCAAGAAAUUUCAGCUAAGGAGUUAAAGGGUGCUGUGGAGAAAGACCAAAGAGCACGCAUUGCCCGUUGCUCAAAGGAAGUCUGUGCUGAAAUAAUGGGUGUAUUUUUGGAAGAUGAGAUUUUCCAGAUUGCUAAGGAGACCCUGCAGGAACUCCAGUGCUUUUGCAAAUACUUACAGCGAUGGAGGGAAGCUGUUGUAGCCCGAAAGAAAUUGAAGCGUCAGAUGAGAGCUUUCCCAGCAGCUCCAUCUUGUGUCGAUCCAAACCAUAAACUGAAAGCUCUGUCACCCAGUGCAGAGUGUCCUAUUGCCAGAGAGCACCUUGCUAAAACUAUUGUAAACCUGGGACAUGCAGGGAACCUUGGCAUCUCCUGCCUUAGGCUCAGAUGGCUACGGAACAAGACAAUUAACCAAAUGAAAGUGCAACAUUUUUACCAGCAAUUAUUAUGGGAUGCAUUGUGGACUCCACUAGAUCUGCCAUCACUGGUUGCUGAAAACAUUCCAAUACAAGAAGAAAAGGUCUUUUGGAAAGCAGUUCUGGUGUUGCCAAGCUAUGAGGAAUAUCCAGUUGGGGAUCAUAGCAGAAUGGUAGCAGACUGGUUGACAGCUAAGUUUAUGAUUGACAAAAAUUUGAAGGAAAAUACAUCUGUGGUGAAAAGUAGAAUCCAGACACUCGCAUUACAUACUUGUCUUCAUACCAAAAGAGAUCGGGCUGUUUGUGUCAGCGUGUGUAUAAAGGUGACUCAUGGGACACUCAGUACCUCUGAGCUCAGUGAUACAAAGACUCAAAAAGGGCUGCUUGGAACUAGUGGGCUUAUUCUUCUUCUGUCUCCUCGAGUGAGAAGUGAGGAUGUUGCAGAGGAAGAUGUUUAUUGGCUGUCACCUUUGCUUCAAUUAAAACGGCUCCUUCAGGCGAAACCUUCCCAGCCAAUAGUACCUCUGGUGAUUCUUGUCCCAAGUCAUGGAGAUGAAGCCAUAGAAAAAGACGUAGAGGAAGGACUGAUGCUGCCAGAUUUGAUUUCAGCUAACCUUAUUUCACGCUACAACAUUGUGCAAAUACCAGAUUCUGUAAGUGAAUUGCAAAGUACCAACAAGCUCUCUGAAGCAGUGCAGUGGCUAGUUGCUCAGUGCCCAGACUUAGACAAGCUUCACUGCCAGGCGCUCAUGCAGUAUGUUGAAGAUGGCCUUGACCGUGAAUUCAACAAACGUUUCUACCAAGACAUGAAGGAGAGAUUUGUGGCUGGCUUGCCCUCCCAAGAUCCUAGCGCCAUUAUAGAGCUAUAUAAUAGUGUGGUACAGUUCCUGGCUGAAGUUGCCUCUUCAGAAGAUCUCGGUGAACUGUCCUGGCCUGUAGCUGAAUUUGUGGAGCCUGGGGGCAGCAAGGUGCUUCCACAUCUCCAGUGGAACACACCCAGCCACCAGGGUUGGCUGAAGAAAGCACUGCUGUCCUUCCAGAUCCCACAGAUGGAUCUCCCUCCUUUGAGUGCUCCUUGGCGUCCUGUUUGUGCCAUGAUUUUCCAAUAUUUGUCCCAGACUUCCAGUUCUAUUCAGACCCUGGAGAUACUUCAGUCUCAGGCAGAGAAUUUGCUGAGCAGAACCUACUUCAAGUGGAAGAGCAGGAAGGAUGCCAGCUCAAACGACGAUGGCCCUUCUGUAGAGGAGAUCCCUUGGGAUAGCAUCUUGGCACUCUGCAUUAACCAUAAAUUGAGAGACUGGAAACCUCCGCAUAUACCGAUAAACCCAGAAGCUGUGAGCAAAGAUGGAGAGAUAUACGUAUAUUUUUUUGAGGAACACUUGAGAAAAUUCACUUGUCCUGUUUUAUGGGAACAAGCCAGAUUAAAAACCCAGCAAGAGGGCCAGCAGAGUCAAAGAAGGUCUGAGAUAAAGACUCAGCGUGUUGCAAAGCUGUAUUCUUAUUCAAUGUUUCCAACUGAAUAUUGUGCCAGCCAGCAAAUAGACAACAAAGAACUAAAUAUUUCCAGUGGAGCAGAUCUAACAGUGGCCGUUUCAGAAGUGGAACAUCUCCCUGAGUGCCUGUAUGAAAAGCUGGAACAGGAGAAAACAGAGAGCAGAAGGUUUGAUGAGCAGCUCCAACAGUGCUUAGUUAAAGAUUCCGAGACAUUCCAGGAUUCUGUGUCUCUUCCACUUUACCUUCCCGAAACUCUGGUGUCUGUGCCUCAUAUUAUUCACUCUGUGGCCAAAACCCCAGUUUUGAGAAGUCCAGAGGCUGGAAGCUGGACGGAACUGAGUGACACAGACACCUCUCUCACACAUAGACUUACAUACUUGAAAGAACUGAUCAGGGCUAACAAAGAAGAAGAAAUGACUUGUGAACUCCAUUUGUCUACAUUGCUAAACAUGAUAGAUACUUGAUCAGGGUCAGCCUAAAUGUGUGAGGCAGGAGAGCUGACAGCAGAUGACAAAUACACAUGAAUAGUCUACAUGUGUAGAAAACAGCAAAGGCUUUUUGUGGAUAAAUCUUUAUUUGACUCUGUCAUACAGUAUUUGUAUGUGUUUGUAUGAUGACGUUACAUUUCCCUGAAGAUGAAUUCGUCUUCAGGUUUUUCAUUCUAAUUUUACCUUGACUUUUCCUAUACACACUUACUUGGAAUAAGCCCCAUUGAAUUUGGUGGGACUUUGUUCCAGGUAAACCUGCUUGGGCUUGAGAAUUCAGUUUUUAUACUGAGUUGCACAUCUCUGCAGAAUCUUUUUCCUAUGCCUUGUCACAGAAUGAAACUCCUCCGUGCUAUUGAUGAACUAGCCAAUUGCCUGGGCCCAGAAUCAACAAUAUUUUCUUCUAUUACUCCCCUGCACAAGGUGAUAAGAGACUGAAGAGCGUGCCUUAUCUCUCCUUCCAUCUAGCAUGUCUGCUCCACCUCCAUGACCACCAACAGUUCACGUGAACAUACAGUAUUCCACUGGGUCUACAUGUGUGUAUGGUGUAGACUUGGCUCACAUGGCCAAAUCCCACAUUUUUUUUAUUUGGCAAGUGGACUUAUGUUCAUCUUGUUGUAUACACAUAAGGCCCCAUUCAAAUGUUACGCUCCCACAUGAAUGGCUGCUGGUACUGGAUGUGGGGCAAAUGUGUAAUUGGACAGGAAGAUAAUGCUCACUGUUGCUCAUGUUUCCUGUCAUGUGUAGGGGAGUGAUAAGAGGAAGUAUUGUCUAAUCUGGUCUCUUGAUUUGCUUGACUGCUGCACUGCGAUGUGGCUUGAAGAAAAAACUUAAAGCAGUUUAAUUAGACAUGAUGCAGUUUAAUUAGACUUCCUUUUUACAACUAGAUGCCAACAUGGAAGUCAUUUCCAUGUUGGAUUUUUUGUGAAUCUUGCUUGUAGAUAGUGUGGCAGUUCUAUAUUUGUGGUGUUUGCUCUAUGUCAACGAGAUGAAUAUUAUGUAUAUGUUGGUGUAUGCAUAGCAUUCAUAUAUGGAACUGACAUCUAGGGAGGAAUUUCCAUGUGUGAAGUGGCCUUAGUUUGAAUUACAGGUGAGGUUAGUCUCUUGUCACGAAGGAGGCUCGAAUUGGGGGGGUUAGACAAAAGGUAUUUUAGAGAUUCUUUUCGGACAGAAAUGGGUUAUAUGCAGAGGUGUCCUACCCAUGCCAUUACAGAUGUGCUGCAUUCCGCAGAAGCAGAUUAGGAGCCAGAAAGGCUGAGAUUUCUUUUCACCAACAUUGAAAGAGCUACUUAAUCCCAAAUGCCAAAAACUAACUAACAGAAGGUCUCACCCAGGUGGAAAAGAAUAGAAUAUUUCUGUUGCAUUUACAUGGCUUUCAUAAACAUGGAAAAAUCACACCCUAAGGAUCAAAAUAAUAUGUGACUCUAAAAUAGUAUAAUCAAAUAUGUUUGGAUGUUGCAUGGUUAUUUUAUUUUUCUAUAGAUCCAGUUUAAGGGCAGCUUUUUUCACUUGGCAUUUGUUUAUAAUAAAAAUUCUAACCCAGGAUGGUUUCAAGUGCACCUGUUAGCAUUGACAACACGGGCAUGCUGUAUCUCUCUCAUACAUUUUUGGGAUAUCUAUGUCUGCCUCUGACAUAAAUAUUUUGUACACUGUCAUUUUCAUUAAUGAAUGGAAACACUUCUAUUAAGUAAAUUGUAAGGUGGAAAGCAGGUGCAAAAAAUACUGUAGAAGCUUAAGCACCCUGGAGGUUUUUGCAUCAUCAUGAGAGCGCUAUUCUGACUGUUUUUGUUAAAUUACCAUGGACAAACUGGUGUAUGUAUAUUUUAGAAGUGAUCUGUAUUGUGUGCUGCUAGGUUUUUCAUAAUAGGGCAUCUUUUAAUGUCUUUAUCACCAAAAAAGUCCAUAUCUCCAUAUCCAUAUCUUUAUCACCAAAAAAGCCAUGACCUGAUGAAAAUACAGAUAUUGUAAAGUUGGCAAGAACUUAAGAAUCAGAAACUUGAUACUCUGCAUAUUUCUUUUAAAAUUUAUGUUACUUUCCGUUCUAAUGUGUGCUAUUUUAGAGUGUCCUUACCUUUUUACUUUAGUACAAUGUGUGAUUUCAUACAAAUAUUUAUAUUGUGGCAGGCUAACCUGUCUAAGGCCCUAAUGUUUUCUUUGCAGUAUUUUAGAUAUUGUAUAUACUUUUACGGUCCAUUAUAGGUGAUGA